AUGGCCGACAGGACCAAAUAUCGUAUCGCCACAGACUUACCAAAUGAGAAGACAAAUCACGGAUACGACUCUAGUAUUCCCCCUCUGGUAAACUUUCUCGCUGCAACAAACCAUAUCCGGAACCUAUUCGAGAACAAGAAAAUUUUGUACGGUAUGACUGGGGGGUUCGAAACUUUGUGCUUGGGCUAUCGUCGAGAGAUGCUGGAUCUGCACAUUGCAUAUGACGACAAGGAUUUUUUCCGUAUCAAGAAAAAGCUACAAGCAGACAAACGAAACAGCGUUGUUAUAUCAGAUGGCAUGAACCCGCUGUUCCCUUUUAAGAUUCUAGUAUGCACUGGGCCAGCAUAUAAAGACCUUGGCUGCCACAAAGCAGCAGCGAUCGAGGUAAAUAUGAUACCUCCAGAAUCAUGUGGAAGUCCCCCAAGCGGCGUGCUGAGCAACAGCCUGGUCCUAGUGAGCUUGAAGAAGGACGGGCAGCUCAAGACGUAUAACGGCCUGAAUAUGCUAUACCUGCUUCAAACAAUGUUACACUUAUGCGAAUCACGGAAUCUUGCAUGGGAUCCAAGAAAAGAUAUAUUGUUCUUAUGCCGGAUAUAUGGCAGCGAAGUACAAGCCAUCCGGGCAAAGCUUGAUGAAAAGUUGGUCGAGCGGAACUUCUUAGGGACACCCUUCCUUUCGAGACUCUCUCGUGAGGACCAACACAACUGUUACCAAGUGCUUCUGGGCAAAGAAUCUCCUCCUCUUAUGUCAAUAAGUCCACCUACACCACAAGUUGAUCAUGGACGUUCUGUCUCAGACCCUGCCAUUCGAACACUUGGUUUGAAUCAACAUCACUACAUGCCAGAACUAGGCAUUCGGAAAAGUCUGGACGUUCUCACUCCAACGCUACCAGCAAUGGCCAAAUCUCCGCGUAAGGACAGUCUCGUCGCUGGUUUAGAGUCACCAGGAGCGGUCAUCGCGGCCAAGCCCACGACUUUAGGAAAACCUGCACCCAAAAGACACUCUCGCUUACGAUAUCGCUCCACUAGGAACACGCAAGUUAAGCCUGGCCAUGGCAAGGAUCAACGCUCGCCCCAAAGCUUAGAACAACACAUACCUACGCAGCAAACCCAACCUGAAAAAGCUUCUUGCAAUGGUAUACCAAUUAUGGUACUGUCGGAAAGGAGUGAGACAUCUGAAUCUUCCCUUCCCGCGGAGGCCCAAGCUGUACCGAACCUAUUUCACCCGUUUGAAGGUCCUUCAACUUGUAGCGAGCAAGAUGCGGAGCCUCAACAACACCCACAAACUCUGCAGACAGUAGUUUAUAAGGGGUUGCGGGAUAAACGGCCAGUCCCAGGGGUCACUUCUGAUGCAUCUGCCACUUCGCCGGAUUCAGCAGCGAAACGUUUCGAGCUUACCACCACGAGUCAUAUACAGGAAACUAUAGCAGAGCUGUCUGCUGAAAUUGAAGCUGCGUUACAGUUUGCAACCCACGAAAUGCCCGACUAUCAAUAUUCUUCGGAAGACCAUUCUGACCAGAACCUAACGCAACAACAACUUAGAGCAAACAGAUGUAGCAAAGAGUGUGAGCCUUUGAAUGACCUUCCUGUCACUCUUAUGGCUGGCUGGGGUAAAAGAGUGUCCUCUGAUAUCAAAGCCAUGAGUGGUGAGACAAUGAGACAGCCCGUCCUGGGGUUUACUGGAGGGGUCAAAACGAACGCCUCGAGAUACUCGCGUUACUACCCCAAGCCAGUGUCUGCGCCGAACAGCAACACCACUUCGACUCAGCUAACACCUGUCACAUCGACGGUCUACAAGGCCUAUCACCCUGAAUCAUUGCCUUCAGUACUGCAGAAUUUCGACUCUGCUAGCGCAGAUAGGCAAGCUAUUAGCUUGGAGGAACAUGCAGAUUUUGAGAGCGCCCGAGAUUGGCUUCGAACACACAAAGGGGAACGUAACCACGAGUCAACAGAGGUACAUAUAUCGCAAAACUCGAGCUCUUUGGCACAGGCUUAUCAAGCCGAGCUACCAGACUUUGGGGACGGCUAUGGGACGGGCACUUGUCGAGACGAAACAGAAUACUGA